UUCCCAGGAUUUUUUAAGCGGGGGUCCAAAAGGCGUUUACCCAGCUGUAGUAAACCAGCCAAGUUCAUCAAAGCUUGGAAACCAUUUGUGUUUUCAGCGUUUCUUUUAAAUAAAAAUUUAGAAAUGACCCCUUCAUCAGCGGAGGAGCUGCAACUCAUGCAGGCUGGACUGGGGAAACGAAAUCUGUCAAUGACUGAUGAUUUGACUCAUUCAGAGGUUUCCAGCUUGUUUUGUGAUACCUACCCCAAAAUGAAGUCAGCAUCUGGAGGAUGGCUUCUCUACAAGGCAUCUGGUGGACAGGGAAGGCGGCGUCUGAAUCUUGUUCCCCCGGAGUCGGAAGGAUACAGUGGCAGUACCAUCAGAUGUGCAACUGGAGGGGGGAAAACCAUGCUGUAUAUUGUACCUUUACAGGAUGAGUUCGAUCUUUCUCCUCUUCCCUCCGAUGCACAGGAAUUUUCGCUAAUGCCAAAAGCAGAAUGCAAGAAAUGUUUUAAAAUGAUGCCACUUCAAAUUCUUGCCCUGCAUGUGAGGGAAUGCGAUACUCUGGAAUAUGAGACACUCUCAGAUUCGGAACCAGAGGUACCUGAUUCACCUCCAGCCUUCGAGGAAAAGUCGACAGAUGCAAAGUGUCCUGUGUGCAUGAAAACGUUUCCUCUGAUGGAAUUGGAGCUCCAUGCAAGUGUUUGUGGUGACUUGGAAAGUUCAGAGUCCCUUCAAACAAGGAGCCCUGAUAUAAUGAAGCCACAAAAUGAAGAGAUGUCAUGUGAGGAGGAUGUCCUACGAUGGCUAGCUGCUCAAGUUGACACCUCCAAGGGAUUCAGCAUCUGUGUGUCCAGAAUGAACCUUGUGGAACGAGGUCUGUUACUUUGGAGGCGACAAAAGAUCAGCUCCCCAGUCAACACUUUAAAGAUUACUUUCUUAGGAGAGGCUGGAGUUGACACAGGUGCUCUACGAAAAGAAUUCCUGACAGAACUGAUUGGUGGCAUAGAGACCAGACUCUUCGAAGGAGAGGAGGGCAAAGGCAAAAUGCCAAAAUAUUCAUUGAAUGAUCUUGACAAUGGCCUGUUUCGAGUUGCUGGGGAGGUCUUUGCUGUUAGCCUUGCACAGGGUGGCCCAGCUCCAAGAUUUCUUCAGGACUGGUGUUAUGAUUUUCUGUUGAGUGGAACCCUUGAAAACGCUACCAAGGAUAACGUUUACGAUGCUGAGUUUUCACCACUGAUUAAAAUGAUCGAGGAGGCCUCAGACUUGUCAUCUUACAGUGAACAGAUUGUCAACUGUGGCUACACGGGGCCUAUAAAUGAGGACAACAAGGAGAAUAUAACAAGAGCGAUUGUAAUGCAUGCUGCUGCUCGGAGAACACUCAUGCUUCAGCAGCUCCGUGAAGGUUUACAGCUUUACUGUUUAAUUGACACUAUGGAGAAGAACAGGGAAGUGUGCCGCAGCCUCUUUGUUAUGCAAGGUGGUAAUGAUAAGGUGGACUCUCAUUACAUUGUAUCCCAUCUUGUUCCACAAAUGAGUGAGAGUGGCACUCUAAAACAUAUCAAAGAGGUUCAAAUACUGAAUCACUUCCAGGAUUUUCUGAUGGAGCUCGAAGAUGGAGAUGCUCAGGAUGAGGCAGCACUCUCUGUCCCUCAGGUGAUGCAGUGGCUGACUGGUCAAGCGCAUAGGCACCUGCUUCUGUCAGAGAGAGAGGCCUUUAAAAUCACUGUUCAGUUUGACCACACUUGUAUGCAACGACUGCCAAGCCACACACUUUGCUAUCCAAUCAUCAGUGCAUGCACCCAAACCAUUACAUUUCCCACUGCACAUCUGUCAAAUUGUGAUGAAUUUAAAGAAAUAAUGAAAACAGCUGUGCAACAUGGAGGUUGCUUUUUUAGGGUGUAGAUUUAAAAAUUA